UGGCCGGGCUGGGCGCCGGGAGUGGGAAGCGACGGCGCGGUUGGAAAAUGCCGGUCCAUUCCCGAGGGGAUAAGAAAGAGACGAACCAYCACGAUGAGAUGGAGGUGGACUACGCCGAAAAUGAGGGGAGCAGCUCCGAGGACGAGGACACUGAGAGCUCGUCGGUCUCUGAGGAUGGAGAUAGCUCAGAAAUUUGGGAAGAGGACACAGUGGGAGCAUGAGUAUCAGUCCAAGAUAACUUAUGAAAUGGAUGACGAAGACUGUGAAAGAAGAAGAAUGGAAUGUUUAGAUGAAAUGUCCAAUCUUGAAAAACAGUUUACAGAUCUCAAAGAUCAACUUUAUAAAGAACGAUUAAGUCAGGUGGAUGCGAAACUGCAAGAAGUCAUAGCUGGAAAAGCACCAGAAUAUUUGGAACCACUGGCAACUUUGCAAGAAAAUAUGCAAAUUCGUACAAAGGUAGCAGGAAUCUAUAGAGAGCUCUGCUUAGAAUCUGUAAAGAACAAAUAUGAAUGUGAAAUUCAAGCUUCUCGCCAGCAUUGUGAGAGUGAAAAGCUUUUGUUAUACGAUACAGUCCAGAGUGAGCUGGAGGAGAAGAUAAGAAGGCUUGAGGAGGACAGGCACAGCAUUGACAUUACUUCAGAGUUGUGGAAUGAUGAACUUCAGUCAAGAAAAAAGAGAAAGGAUCCUUUCAGUCCUGACAAAAAGAAGCCAGUUGUUGUCUCAGGUCCAUAUAUAGUUUAUAUGCUACAAGAUCUUGAUAUUCUUGAAGACUGGACAACAAUUAGGAAGGCAAUGGCUACACUGGGUCCACACAGAGUGAAAACAGAACCACCUGUGAAACUGGAAAAACAUCUGCACAGUGCUAGAUCUGAAGAGGGAAGACUAUAUUAUGAUGGUGAAUGGUACAUACGUGGACAGACAAUAUGUAUUGAUAAAAAAGAUGAAUGUCCUACGAGUGCCGUAAUUACAACAAUUAACCAUGAUGAAGUUUGGUUUAAGAGGCCUGAUGGAAGCAAAUCUAAGCUUUACAUUUCCCAACUACAGAAAGGAAAAUAUUCAAUUAAACAUUCGUAAUCAUGAUUUAAGUGUUAUCUAAAUYUACCUUAUUAGUGUUACCAAGUGUGAUUUGCCAAGGGAGUAAAAAACUGUAUUCAAUAAUUUAAUAUUCUCAUCAAAUCCUGAGAGAAUGUGUAUUUGUAGGUAGUACUCUAAGUAGAUCUCCUAUUGAUAUGUUAUUAAAAGAAAUACUAAUAACAAUUUAAUCAUGAUCAGUACAUUUAUAUUAUGUACAAUGACCAAUAAGUGUAUAUGGUAGGGAUUUCUUUUUAAUAAUUUUUUGUUUUUAAAAAAAUUAUGCAAAUCUGCCUCAUCUUUAGUGAACUAUGGCUACAUUUAUCUGCAGUUUUAAAAUUUUCCAUAUCUUUGUCACUCAUCAUGUUUGUAAAUAAGACUGAUAAAAUGUUUCCUAUGAAUGGUUUGUACCAGUACAUUAGUGUGAAAUCAGAAUUGAAAUUUAAACAUAUAUUGUGAGUAUGUAUAUAUGGCAUCAUCAGCUUAUUUAGAACUGAUGGCCUUACCUUACAAUCUUGUUUUACCCAAAAUUAAACUAUUGGGUUUGAAAGCUAAAAGGAGCACUUUUGUAGAAUAGCUUUCCUUUUCCUCUUCCUUGAUUGUAUGGUGGUGACCUUUUUUAAUGAAUUAUACUUAAUGUUAAUUAGUAAAAUUAGUGUCAAGUGAUAACAUGUUUCUACCUGUAUUUCUUGUGACCCUUUUGAGGGCAGGUGUUCAUGCCUGGUAUUUAUGAUGCAGUAUGUUAGUGGUGAAUAGUAACUGACAGUAUUGUGGUGCUUGCUGUACAUGUCUGAUCUUUUGAAACAGAUUUUUAGUAAGCAUUUUCCAGAGGUAAAAACUAGGUCCUUAUUCUAAUUUUAUUCAUAGGGCAAAAUAGGGAUAAUUUCCUUGAGUCUAUUCCCAAAUUAAUAUUUUUAUCUUUGGCGUUUUUACACUUUAGGGCCAUUUGGUGCAAUUUAGAGAGUGUUGGCCUCCCUUCCCAUAGCCACAUUCAAAAUGAACUUCCAAAGCCUCAGGAACAGUACAAAGAAUUGAAACCCUCAAUAUGGCAGCACAGUUGGCUGUAGUAUAUAUUUAGGGUACAACCAAAUCAUGUAUUCCUGGUGGUCUUAUGCACUUUAAUUUCUGUUACAACAAGACUUAAGAGGAUGAGGAAGAAAUCUACAUAUUAACACUUAGUGCCAGAGUAUCUGCAUGAUUCCGUUUGUUUUCUUACUGUUUUACCUCUGCAAACAUCCUGUGCAGAUCACUACUUCGCAGUUGCCAAAUUUUAAAACAUUUGACUUCUGAAAUUCAAUAUCAGCAAAGUUAUGCUACUUUGUUUUAUUUCUAAUUAACCUUAGCAACUGUACAUAAUGUCAUAAUCCAGUAUUUGACAGUUCUUAUGUAUACAAUGUUUGAUAAGCAUUUUUAAUAAGAUUUGUAUUUUUAAAUUUAGUAUAUAAUAAAAAGAUGUGCUUGAGUGUCAUUUGCAGUGUCUUGAAUUACUUCCGCACAUUUAGUUCUUUUAUUAUUUGUAACCUGUCCACUUCUAAGAAAGAUUUGAACUGUUUUAACAUUAAUAGAUAUGGAGUGGUAGAGUGUUGCACAAGUGUUUCUGCUUUCCUAAACCACAAUUAAGCCUCUUUUGGGUUCUAUUUGGAUGUUGAAGAAAGCUAAGUUAUGCUUAAUUAAAAAUAUUCAUGCAUACAUAUUGUACUUUAAU